GUGUGUGUGUGUGUGUGUGUACAACGAAUUCCUGUUCAUUAAGUGAAGAAUUCAGAUUAGGGACCCCUGGGGAAAAAGGAAAGGAAACAGCAGGACAUCUCAAAGAAUGGGAAAUCUACUUAGACACAUGACUCCCUGGGCCAACUGCUUGUCCUCCCCCUGGCCAAUAGAUGAGGACGUGUCUAGUUGUUCCCUAGUCAGACAGACAGUCAUCCUCUCCAUCAGAGCCUUUAUCUCCCUGAAAGCUGCAGGGCCAGACACACCCGAAAGCAUCUAAAAGGAUGGACAUCAGUGGGAUUCAGCCAUUCCCGCUCCUUUCUCCCCAGAACCCCAUGAGGCUCCUGGCUUUCCUGAGUCUGCUGGCCCUGGUGCUGCAUGAGGCAGGGACAGCUUCUCUCCCAGGGGAGAGGAAGAGAGAAGAGCAGAGCCCCGAGGAAGGUGACACCUACGCAUUUCCACACAUGGGGAACUAUGCCCUGAGCCUGGAGGACUACAGUGACGUCAUUGACCUGAGCAGCUAUGAGGAGCCAGCUGACUAUGGGGACCAGACCCCUGAGGCUAAAGUGGACAGCCUGACUCUCCCAACAAGAACCAGUCUCUCCCAGAGCACUGUGGCUCCAAACUCCACCAUGACCAAGCCUACCACCACUGGCCUACUGACCUCCCAGAGCAGUCAUGGCCUGCCUACCUGCCUGGUCUGUGUGUGCCUUGGCUCUUCCGUGUACUGUGAUGAUGCAGACCUCAAGACCAUUCCUCCCCUUCCCCAGAUGACCACCUACCUGUACGCCCGCUUCAAUCACAUCAGCCACAUCCAGGCCGGAGACUUCAAAGGGCUGACAAAACUGAAGAGGAUUGAUCUCUCCAGCAACUCCAUCUCCUCCAUCCACAACGACGCCUUCUGCCUGCUGCCUGCCCUGCAGGAUCUCAUCCUCUCAGAGAACCAGCUGGCAGCUCUGCCUGUGCUGCCCAGCAGCAUCGAGUUCCUGGAUGUCCGCCUGAAUCGGCUGCAGAGCUCGGGGAUACAGCCUGAGGCCUUCGUGGCACUGGAGAAGCUUCAGUUUCUCUACCUGGCAGACAACCUGCUGGAUUCCAUCCCUGGGCCUUUGCCCCUGAGCCUGCGCUCCCUGCACCUGCAGAACAACAUGAUCGAGACCAUGGAAAGAGACACCUUCUGUGACCCCAGGGAACACAGCCCCGAGCGACGGCAACUGGAAGACAUCCGCCUGGACAGGAACCCGAUCAAUCUAAGCCUUUUCCCCGAGGCCUAUUUCUGCCUGCCAAGGCUCCCUGUGGGCCGCUUCACCUAGAUGCCAACGGCCAUCUCUUCCCAGGUGCAGUGCUCAUGGGCUCACUGAUAGAGCGCUAGAUUCCUGCAGCUAAAUGGUGGUCUGUAGCCCAAGUGUUGGGCAGCCUGUGAGCCGCAGUCGCAAAAUUUCACAGAGAGAGAGAGAGAGAGAGAGAGAGAGAGAGAGAGAGAGAGAGAGAGAGAGCCUCCUCCAGCCACCGAGUUUGCUUUUCUCCCUCCUCUUUCCUUACACCUUAUGGCUCCUCACUCGGAGAAGAGCUGCAGCAGAGAUCUUUCCCAUCUUCUCCAUCCGUGUCUUCCCACAGAAUUCCAGGAGAGCCAUGAAAGAAAGAGGAAGAAGAGGAGGCGCCAGAGGGACAGAAGCAGGCUAGGAGGGGAGGGUGGGAGAGAGGAAACACCGGUGUGCUGGAGUCUCGUCUUCACUGACGGGUAGGCCGACAAGACUGAUAAUUACGUUUCCCAGAAUUUUGCAGUUCAGUUGUCAAACACAGCCAUUAUGAAAAAUUAAAUUAUAUAACCUCACAGUAAAGUAUAUUAUGCUGAAAAUGACUGGAAUGAACACUCAAAAUUUGCCAGCUCCCAAUGAGUUUACCCUGCCUUGUGUCCCUGGUAGCUUUGUGGUAGACAUUCCAGGCAACGGAGUGCUAUAGGGCAGCCUUCCCGACUCAUUGGUGACAUUGUGUUGGCAGUUUGAAACCCGCCAUAGUGGGAGAUUUA